CACUCUGAUUGGUUGCUGCUCAGGACGUCAUCUCUUCUGUUUCUAAACGUUUCCUGUCAAAUUUUUCAUUUGGGAUUCAUCCAUUUUUCUGUUUUCAACAUUUAUCUUAACGAAAUGACAGCAAAUAAAAAGGAAUCGUUGGGUUGCUAGUAAAAUGAGAAAAGUUCCCACUUCCUAUAUAAGCACAGAGCCCUUAUCUAACAGAUAUAAAUUGGCUAAAGCUUUAGCACAACAUGAUCUGACUGAGCACUGCAUGAUUUACCAAGUCUGAUGCCAAGUUUACAUAAGUGUGUCUCCAUAAGGAAUAUCCCAAAAGUUCCUCUAGCAACCUCACCGCAUGUCGCGUAUCAGGAGCACACUAGACACAGUCACCAAGGCUGUGAGUGGAACAGUGAACACUGAGCUCCUCUCCAAGAUUACGCGCCUCAAACCCGGUGCGACCCAGGGCAAAACUGUUGAGCUGAAAGUCGAUUGCCCUAAAGCCGAAGCUGAAGCCCUCAUGACCGUAGCAGAACCCGAGCCACCAAACGUGAAAGAGGUGGAGAAAGACAUAGAAUGUCAUAAAGAACCCCCAAAACCUAACAGCAACCUGUCUGCUACCAAAGGGAGUGCAUCCAGCACGGUUGCAAAGCAGACACUGCAACGUUUCCAGCCUGCUGCAUUCACAGCGAACAUGGACGAAACCUACAGUCACUUGGCUGAACAUGUCAACACCUACUUUGGAAGUGACACACGAGAUGACAAAAGAUCACAGCAGGGUAGAGGAGAUACAGACCCCUCCACAACUCAAAUCCAACCUAGUUCUCAUUCCAUUGGUAGUAAAGAUCACGUCCUUAUGGCAGUGCCUGUGACCCAUAGAACUACACCAGAAAUGCCCCCUUUACCACCUGCCAUUGGCCAGGAUGGUGCCGUUCCAAAUUCAGAAGUGCCGGCUUCUCCAUCUCAAGAGGAUGAUGAUUCAGCCAUCCCCAUAUCACCAAGAAAAGGCAUCAGUCAAUACUUGUCCUACCCCAGGCCAAGUGUUCAGGCUUUUGUAGGUAACUACAUUGCUCCUCUGGUUCCAAAGUUCAGAGCGGAUUCCAAAGGCAGUACAGCGGAGAAGGACAAACCGGCUGGAUUGGAUCAGCCAGUGUCACAAGCCACUAAGACAGCAGAAACCAAGGAACAGAAAGAAGCAGAGGAGAAAGCACAGAGACUGCUGUCUCAGAGAGAGAAGAUUAUAGCACGUGUUAGUGUGGAUAACCAAACCAGAGCACUCGUCAAGAGCCUUCAAAGAGUUACUGAUGUGAAGAUUACCAUCAGCAGGGUGGAGGAACUGAGCUUCCACCUCCUGGAGUUUCCAGAGACCAGAGGAGUGGCAGUCACCGAGAAGGUGAUCCCAUGUCUGCUGCGUUUGAGGCAGGCACGGGAUGCCAGUCUGCAGGCUGCAGUGAGGCAGGCUCUGGCCCUGGUGGGCUACACCGACCCAGUGAAAGGCAGAGGGAUACGUGUGCUCUCCAUCGACGGAGGAGGAACCAGGGGAUUGGUGGCUUUACAGGCUUUGCACAAGUUGGAGAGUUUGACAGGGAAGCCCAUCUAUCAACUCUUUGACUACAUAUGUGGAGUUAGUACAGGAGCCAUCCUGGCCUUUAUGUUGGGUGUAUUCCAGAUCCCUUUGAAUGAGUGUGAGGAACUUUAUCGGAAGUUGGGAUCUGAUGUCUUUAAGCAAAACUUGAUAGUGGGCACAAUGAAGAUGGGCUGGAGUCAUGCGUUCUACGAUAGCCAGACCUGGGAGGAGAUUCUAAAAGAAAGAAUGGGACCUGGUCUUAUGAUUGAGACUGCCAAAAACCCUAAAUGCCCCAAGGUGUCAGCAGUGAGCACCGUAGUGAACAGGGGCCUACCACUGAAGGCGUAUGUCUUCAGGAAUUAUAACUUCUUACCUGGGGUUCGCUCACACUACUUGGGGAGUUGCCAGCACAAAAUGUGGCAGGCCAUUCGAGCCUCCUCCGCUGCCCCAGGCUAUUUCCAGGAGUUCGUUCUAGGAAAUGACCUCCACCAGGACGGUGGACUCCUGAUCAACAACCCCACAGCUCUGGCCAUCCACGAAAGUAAGUGUUUGUGGCCCAACACACCUGUACAGUGUGUAGUGUCUCUGGGCACAGGCCGAUCCGAGACAGUCGCCAAGACCGGCUCCAGCACUUACACCAGCUUAAAGACCAAACUCACCAACGUCAUCAGCAGCGCAACAGACACUGAAGAGGUCCACACGAUGUUGGAUGCCCUCCUCCCCCCCAAUACCUACUUUCGCUUUAACCCUCACAUGAGUGAGGACAUUCCAUUGGAUGAGAACAGACAGGAGAAGCUGGACUUUCUUCUGGUGGAAGGCUGUCGCUACCUUGAGCGCAAUGAGAACAAGCUGAAGAAAGCGGCCAGUAUUCUCACUCAAGAGAAGAGCGUCGUUCAGAAGCUGGCUGAGUGGGCACAGCUGAAAACUGACAUGUAUGAUGGUUUUCCCUUUCGCUCCAAACUCUGAAACAUGUCUUAACGCAGUGAAUCUCACUAUCUAAAACAACCUUGCACAACUAAUGACCUAUCUCUGUUUAACAUAUACAGCAGAAACUGGUACACUUUUGUGGAUUUACAUAUUAUGUUGCCAUAAUGUUUAAUCUGAUUCAAGCCUAUUGUCUCAUAUUGAAGUGCACAUUAGAUUAUUGAAAAGGUUCAUGAGGUCAGAUUUCUAAGUGUUUAUUGUUGUUGUCAGUAAUUGUUGACCAUGACUCUGUGGAUGCAGAAGAAGAAAGUUAGAGGCAACACUCUCAGUACUCUUUUCCACUUACUAGCACUUCCUGCUUGUUGUUUUUUGCAAUGUUAUAAUAUAUCAUUGUGAAUGAUUUGCAUUAACUUUGUGAAGGCUGAAGUAAUUGCACUUGCUGUUAUGUAGUGUGUUUCCCCACCAAACCAUGUAGUUGCUUUUUUCUGCACAAUAAUGCUGGUAAGAGUUGACUGAACUUAAUUUAGUUAGCAUGGGGUUAGCUGCUAUAUGCAAACUGAAGUUUGUGUAAAUAAGUAGUUAAAACUAAAACAUUUCAACUAAACUUUUAACUUUAACUUUUUUUAUUAUUAUUAUUCUGCGUGGCUUAUAAUUGUAAACCCUCUAAUUGUGUUCGACCACAAAAGGAACCAACAGCACUUUUUUAAAGACUUUUGCACAAAGUGCUUUAAAAGCACUAAUUGCAGAUGUGUUAUUGCCGAAUUGCUGAAUGCAACACUUGCGUUGGUCACUGUAACAGUUGUUUGGAAAUAAUAAUGAAAUUAUUAUCAUGGACAUGGCUUAUUAUGUUUGAAUGCUUCAACUGCUUUUCAGUAAUGUACAUUUUCAUUUCAACUUCUGUAUGUACUUGGCAGGAAAAUGCCCUACAUAAUUUAUUGAUUCUGUCCAGAUCCAAGUGUUAUAAAUACUGUAAAAUAAUGUUAAUCCUUGAAUGCAUUAAGUAAAAUGACGACUGUCGAAAAUUUAACAGCUUAAUUCAGAAAUCCCAUUUUCCUAAUAACAUCUGAAACAAGAUUCCUUGACAAUUUCUCAAAGAAAAAUAAAGGAUUUUAAAACCUCA